CUCAAUUUCAAUCUUGUGUCCUGAUUCUUAGCGUUGAACUUCGAAAUGAAAUCUUUCAUCGUCCUAUCGACCCUGCUGGUGGCUGCCAUGGCCGUUGAGUAUCAUCAUCAGGAGCACAAACACAUCCCGAUCGUGCACAGUGAAUCUUACCACGGCCAUGAUGGGUCCUUCAAGCAUGGCUACGAAUCGGCCAACGGGAUCUCGGUUAAGGAACAGGGCUUUGUGAAAAACUCCGGCAACAAGGAUCACGAAACCAAUGUAGUUCAUGGCUCGUACUCCUACGUCGAUCCUCAUGGUGUUCCAGUUUCCGUAAGCUACACGGCCGAUGAGAACGGAUUCCACGCCGAAGGUUCUCACAUCCCAACGCCUCCACCACUACCAAAGCCUCUGGUCGAAGCCUACGCUAAGGCUGGAAGUCACCCGAAGAGCCAUGACGACGAUCAUCAUCAUCAUCAGCAGCCACAUCACUACCAACACCAGCCACAACCACAUCUGUUCAAACCGGAAUCGUCAUACAAAUAUCUUUAA